CAUGAUGAAAAGCCUAUUAAUUUUUUUACCAAACAGACUUUACAAAGAAAAGUCUGGCUACAUGUUUGGCAAGGUUGUAUACGAUGAUAAUACUGGAAUAAAAAAAUUUUAUGUCAUUGGUAUAUGUAAACUGGAUAAUUUAGAAACAAUAAAAUGUGCCAAUAUAAUUGGAUAUUAUUCUGGUACAGAUCACAAACGUGGAUAUGUAGAUAAAAAAUAUUUAGAUUGGAUUAAUAUAUGUUUACAUACCAAUGCUUCUCAAGAAGACAAUAUUUACGAUUAUGGUUUAAAAGGCAUUAUUGUAAACAAUAAAAAGAUUUCAACUUUGCACUGUCAUACAGUUAUUACAGUGUACGAUCAAUUAGCCCUUCAGGAAACAGAAUUGUUUGCUUACAGAACAGCAUCUGGAGAUCAUUUUUAUGAGUUAAUGAAAAUUAUACAGAGUAAACAAGUUGAAAAAGAAAUACAAAAGAAAGGGAAACUUACGUAUAUAAAGGAAACAUUGUUAGUCUAUCACAUGUUCUUAUAUUUCUAUCCAAUACUUCUUCUCAGUAAAAUAAUGAACAAAUUAUCACCAGUUUUAAAAUAUUCAUUCCUUGGUUUACAUGUUAAUGGAUGGCUGGAAAAUGUUAAGUGGAUGUUAAUAACUGUAAUACAAAACAAAAGGUUUACAUUGAAAACUGGUAACUAUAUACUUGCAGUGGUAAUAGAUAUGUUAUUAGGAAUAUUUUUAUUGCAAUUGUUAUUGCACUACCUUGAAUAUACAUCUCCAUCUCAAAUACUUUUGAAUAAUGCAGAGAAAGUAGUAACAUUUUUAAAAGAUUUAAUACACUGGCUAAUGGGUGUGCCAGCUGGUUUGAAAUUAAACCAUGCUUUAAAUAAUAUGCUGGGAAAAUUCUUUUUGUAUCAUAUACAUUUAUGGUGGACAUUUUUAAUAUUUAUGAAACCUGUAAUGGACUUUGCUUUUAAAGUAUUGGUGUUAUUUGGAAAGCUUGGCAUCACAUUUCAAAUAGCAAUAGCAGCUGAUCUUUUAGCGCUUGUCAGUUUUCAUGCUUAUUGCAUUUAUGUAUAUGCAGCAAGGCUUUUUAAUAUUCAAUUAAAAGGUAUAAUUGCCUUAUUUCGACUAUUUCUGGGCAAGAAACAGAAUCCAUUAAGAGAAAGAGUUGAUUCCUGCCAAUAUCAGUCUGAUCAACUGUUUGUAGGAACAUUAUUGUUUACCAUUUUAUUGUUCCUAAUGCCAACAACAUGGGUUUAUUAUACAGUGUUUACCAUGCUUAGGUUGGUGUUAAUUGGUUUUGGAGGUCUUUUGACCAGAAUGAAAUUUUAUCUUCAAGUUAUGCCUGUAUAUACGUUUUUUAAAUGGUUAUUCCACUCAUACAAUAUGUGCAGUGUUGUAAAUAUUAAAGUACACUCACAUGGUACAGAGGGACCACUAAUAUUAAUAAUGACAGUGGUUGUGGCAUCCUGGCAUGAUACAUGGAAUAAAUGUAUACCAGAUACAAUUACUCGUCAUCCUCCUAUUGAAUGGAAAAAAAUGAUAAAUAAUAUAAUACAUGGUGAAUUACUAUAUCCACUAUAAAUAAUUUAUUUAAAACUUU